UUAUCCACCCAAGAAAUAAAGUACUAAAAAAAUCCAGCCCCCUGAUACAGAAACCGCUUCCUUCUCCCCACGGCGGCCAAUCAGCAAUACAAAAUCCCACCUUUCUUCAACCUAUAAACUCUCAACGAUCUCAUCGUCUCCCCCUCGGUUCCAAAACAUCAACUUUCCUUUGCAUCAAUGGGGCGUUCCAUCGUGGUUGCAGUCGACGGAGGGGAAGAGAGCAUCCACGCCCUCACCUGGUGCCUGCAGAACAUCGUCGUGGUUGGAACAACGGCCGACGAAGCCUCGUCCGAUAGCGGCGGAGGUGUAACGGGCGACACUGUUGUGCUCCUCUACGCUCGGCCGUCGCCCUCUGUCUACCCGGCGAUGGACGGAUCUGGGUAUUUGUUUUCGUCCGAUAUUAUUGCAAGUAUGGAUAAUUAUGCUAAGCAUUUGGCCGAUACUGUUACCCAAAAGGCCAAGAUGGUUUGCUCCAGUUACCCGAAUCUGAAGGUGGAGAUCAAGGUGCAGAAUGGUGAUCCAAGGGAUGUUAUCUGUGAGAUGGUGGAGAAACUUGGAGCUGAUAUGUUGGUUAUGGGAAGUCAUGGCUAUGGCCCUCUGAAAAGGGCUUUCAUUGGGAGUGUGAGCUCCUACUGUGCACAGAAUGUGAAGUGUCCUGUCCUGAUUGUCAAGAAGCCCAAGAACUAGGGAUUGUACUGGAUAUGGUAAUGAGAAUGAUGUGUUGUAGAUAUCUGAGUAUCAGUUGAGUGUAAGUUCCAAGUUUGGAGAUACAAUUUCUUGGCGUUUGGCAAUAUAAAUAAUAUCUGUGGUGUCUUCAGUCAUCA